AUGGACGAAAUUAAACAACAGCAACCUCGGCGACGCAGCAGCGCAAAUCACAGCAUUAUCAUUCAAGAUGAUGCUGCUGCGCUGGCGCACUUAGGACACAAACAGGAACUCAAGCGUAACUUCUCUAUGAUCUCAAUGUUGGGACUAGCUUUUGCUAUCCUUAACACCUGGACCGCCCUCGCUGCCUCUAUUACCCUCGCCUUACCUUCCGGUGGCCCCAGCGCUGUCAUUUGGGGCCUUCUCGUUGCCGGCGUAUGUAACUUGUGCCUUGCCGCCUCCCUCGCCGAAUUCCUCUCCGCGUGGCCCACUGCUGGAGGGCAAUAUCACUGGGCCGCCAUUAUUGCGUGGAAGAACUGGAGUCGCAGCAUUAGUUAUGCGACGGGUUGGAUCAACGUCAGCGGCUGGGUAGCACUGACAGCUACGGGUGGCUUGCUCGGCAGUACGUUUAUAAUAAAUAUCAUUUCGCUGCUGCAUCCAAACUACCAGACUGAGUCAUGGCAUCAAUUCCUGAUUUACAUCGCCUUCACGCUGAUCGCGCUUUUUAUCAAUGCCUUCUCAACGCGUCUGCUACCGUUAUUCACCAAGGCCGCCUUCUUCUGGAGCUUGGCAGGUUUCGUGGUUAUUAGUAUCACGAUCCUAGCUUGCGCAUCUCCCGAAUACCAGAGCGGCAAAUUCGUUUAUGGCGACUUCAUCAACGAGGUCGGUUGGCCCGACGGUAUGGCCUGGAUGUUGGGGUUGCUGCAGGGUGCCUUCGCACUUACAGGCUUUGAUGCCGUGGCUCAUAUGAUCGAAGAAAUCCCGCACCCGCAAGUAAGAGGCCCACGCAUCAUGCUGGCUUGUAUUGGCAUUGGAAUGAUAACCGGCUUCAUAUUCUUGAGUUGUCUGCUUUUCUGCGUAAAUGAUAUUGACGCGGUGAUCGAGUCAAGCGCAGGACCGUUGCUUCAGAUAUUCAUGGACGCGACACGCAGCCCAGCAGGCAGCGUAUGCCUACUCAUGUUCCCGCUCGUGUGCAUGUUGUUCACAACCACAACGCUGAUGACGACAAGCAGCCGCAUGUCAUAUGCGUUCGCGAGAGAUCGCGGACUCCCGUUUAGCAGAAUCUUUGCACAAGUGCAUCCACGCCUAGAUGUUCCGCUUAACGCGCUACUGUGGACCGCUGCUUGGGUGGUGGUGUUUGGUUGUAUCUUCCUCGGGUCUAGUAGCACGUUCAACGCUAUUACAUCUGCCUCUGUUGUCGCUCUCGGCGUUACGUAUGCCAUCCCACCGUCUAUUAAUGUCCUUCGCGGGCGUAGAAUGCUACCGGAAAAGCGAGCAUUCAAGCUACCGGGAGUCCUGGGCUGGAUUUUUAAUCUGAUCGGCAUAGCCUGGACGAUCCUGACGACGGUACUAUUCGUCUUCCCGCCCGAGAUACCCGUCACGAGCGAAAACAUGAACUACUGUAUCGUGGCGUUUGGUGUGAUAUUGUUGAUCGCCGGAAUCACCUGGAUAUUCGAUGGGCGCAAGAACUAUACAGGACCGCAUGUGGACGUAGAAGGACUAGAGGGGAAGGUUGAGGGCGUAGAAGCCGUGCUCGAACCAAGUGAUAGUAGCGAUAAGACCAAGGGUGUAUCCUAA